CAUUAGAUAGUGUCGUUUUUAAUAUAAAAAAAUAAAGGAAGAGGGAUGGCUGGUUCAGAUUUACUUGCGACAAUUGUACUGAAUGAUUUAAAAGAAAUCGGAAUUAAACAUAAAGGAAAAAAACCAAAAAUUAUAAAGCAUUCAAGCGGUCAGCGGUUGUUUCAUCAGGGAUUGGAGCAUCUGAAAUUGACUGACGCAUUUCUUGCAAGCGGCGCUGUAGUUCAGGUGCCUCAAUUUAUCACAGAAGCCUGUAGCUAUAUUUUGGAGAAUUCGGAAACGGAGGGGAUCUUUCGUAAAGCUGGCUCUGCUGCAAAACAACGAGAAAUUCGCAAAUGCCUUGAAGCUGGUCAACCACUGGGAAAAUUAUAUCGUGUGAUCGAUGUGGCCAACAUUGUUAGUUAUUUUUUUCGAGAACUUCCCGAGCCGCUUAUACCGGUCGAGUUGCAUGAAACACUUGUGCGCUGUCUGAUGAUUGGCGAGCCCAAUCGCAUUCGAUCAAUACAGUUGGCAUGCUUGUUAAUUACGCCACUAAAUGUACAUACUUUGGCAUAUUUUAUGCAAUUUCUGCAAACCAUCACACGACAUGUGAAAUAUAAUAAAAUGAGUGCUGAAAAUUUGGCAAUUGUGAUUGCUCCCAGCAUAAUGCCCUACCGUGAUAUAAAUAGCGUCAGGUUUAAGAAUCAUAUUAAAUUAGUCGAAUUGCUGAUUAAGAACUCGAACAUUAUUGGAACUAUUCCCGCUCAUAUUAAAGAAAAACUCAAGAACACAUCGAACUUAGUGCAAACUAAAAAGACUGUUGGCGUCCACUGCUCAGCCAUCAAAAGUAAAAUGAGGAGAAGUCAUUUAUUCAAUGGCCUCAAAACCAUGGUUGGAUCUUCUGCUAAUGCGACUGGGCAUGCUCAUUCGCCUUCAAAAUCAGUUGAAAAGCCGAGAGCUUUGCAUAAAGCAAAAUCGCAACAGAAUUGUAUGAUUGAGCCCAUGGAUACUUCCCCUAGAACAUCCACUAAUAGGGAAGCGUUUACUAAAUCUGUAAGCGUACUCAAUGUAAACGAAAAGAGGCACAGACGCUUAACAUUAAAUGCGGCUGCAAAUGAAGGAUCUAUGAAACCAAGCUCAUGUCCAACAACUUUAAGUGGCACGGACCGAAGAUGGAGUCUCAUUAGUACAGGGUGGGCGAAGUGUAAAAAGAAAGAAAAGAUGUUACAUAAUUUAAAUAGUUCAGUUUCCGAUGCAUUGGAAAACAAAGAUCCCGUCGGUGAAAUCCAAUCAAAGUUGGAUCCAACUAUUUCAAAAAGAGAAUACGACGCAAUUACUGAUCGUCUAGCGACAAUUAGCACAAAUGCUCCACAGCCAAAACUGAGCAGUGAAAAAAUCCCUAACAGUAGCCAAACUCCUUUAGAACAAAACAAUGAAAAAUGUCAACGGCAAGUUCGAAGAAGUAUUACCAAACAGUAUGCCAAUUCACCAGUGAAACUAAGAACGUUACAGAAGUCAAAUACUCCCACAAACAUUGUCAGGCACAAGACCUGGCAUCUGAACUCAGAAGCUAAGUUUCCUAGUAAACUGCCCAUACCCAAAAUACCAGACUCAGAUAAAGUUAUGACAGAUGUUUCGAACCGAACAGCCAAGCAAGAAGAGCCUAACUGCGAGCAAUGGUUGCCAGCAAACAUAUUUUUUCAAAACUCAGCUCUAAAAGAAAAUAAAGACCAAUUUUGCACACAAAGUCAGGAUUCAGCAUUAUUGCAAACUCCGUAUUCCCAAUUCAAAAAUAAGAAUCGAAUCAAAACUGUAACUGGUCCAUUCAAGACCCCUAUAGGCCGUAAGAAAUCGCUGGCCUUUGGCUCGGCUAUUCAUAUGUUUGAUGUGGAUCAAGGGCGCGAAUCGAUUGCCCGCCUUCGCACUGAAAAUGCUGGAAUGGUUUUAGCAAAAGCAAAGUUGUUCGAUGACUUUAGCAGCUGAAUAGCUGAUCCUUAAUUAUUGUUUAUAUGUUUGAAAUGCAUAUAUCAAAGUUCA